UGAGGGUGUCGGCGCGGUCAGUGGCGGCCUGAGGAGAGCGGUUGCCGCCAUGAUAGAACAGCAGAAGCGCAAGGGCCCAGAGUUGCCGCUGGUCCCAGUCAAGCGGCAGCGGCAUGAAUUGCUUUUGGGAGCGGCGGGGUCGGGCCCGGGAGCCGGGCAGCAGCAGGCGGCGCCGGGAGCUUUGCUGCAAGCGGGGCCUCCAAGAUGUUCCUCCCUUCAAGCCCCAAUCAUGCUUCUCUCAGGACAUGAAGGGGAAGUGUAUUGCUGCAAGUUUCACCCCAAUGGAUCCACCUUAGCAUCUGCAGGAUUUGACCGACUGAUAUUGUUGUGGAAUGUCUAUGGCGACUGUGAUAACUAUGCUACGUUGAAGGGACACAGUGGAGCAGUGAUGGAACUGCAUUAUAACACAGAUGGCAGUAUGCUCUUCUCAGCUUCCACAGAUAAAACUGUGGCAGUGUGGGAUAGCGAAACAGGCGAAAGGGUUAAAAGACUGAAGGGACAUACUUCCUUUGUGAAUUCCUGUUAUCCGGCCAGGAGGGGCCCCCAGCUUGUCUGCACUGGCAGUGAUGAUGGUACAGUUAAGCUUUGGGACAUCCGUAAGAAAGCAGCCAUCCAGACAUUUCAGAAUACCUACCAGGUGUUAGCUGUGACCUUCAAUGACACAAGUGAUCAAAUUAUUUCUGGUGGAAUAGACAAUGAUAUCAAGGUCUGGGACCUGCGCCAAAACAAGCUGACCUACACAAUGAGGGGCCAUGCAGAUUCAGUGACUGGCCUGAGUUUAAGUUCUGAAGGCUCAUAUCUCUUAUCCAACGCAAUGGAUAAUACAGUGCGAGUCUGGGAUGUCCGGCCAUUCGCUCCCAAAGAGAGGUGUGUGAAGAUAUUUCAAGGAAAUGUGCACAACUUUGAAAAGAAUCUUCUGAGAUGUUCUUGGUCACCUGAUGGAAGCAAGAUAGCAGCUGGGUCAGCUGACAGGUUUGUGUAUGUGUGGGAUACCACAAGCAGGAGGAUUUUGUAUAAACUACCCGGCCAUGCUGGCUCCAUCAAUGAAGUGGCUUUCCACCCUGACGAACCAAUCAUUCUCUCAGCAUCCAGUGACAAGAGACUGUAUAUGGGGGAGAUUCAGUGAAGAUAUGGAAUGGAAGACUCUACAAGGCUGCUUGACCCUGAGACCUCAGACAGUGUAAGUGGCAUCAAAUGAUGCCCAAGCCAGCAUCCUCCCUUCAGAUGAAGAUCAUUACUAGCAAGGAACAAGGAGGAGGUGGCCAUAGUCCAGCAACCACAUGUGUCCCAUUUCACCAGGAUGAUUAAGGCAAGCUUACAGUGGCCUCUUAAAACCACCUGCCAGAUAUCAGGGACUGUUUGGUUUUUUUCCUUUUUUUAAAAUAAGAUUUCUUCAAAGAGACAGGCAUUGGUUGGUUUGUAGUUUCCUAUUUCCUAAUCCAUUCUAAAGACAGGAAUGUGACUGAAAUUUAUUUGUCGGGGUGUGUUUUUUUAAUUCAGUAACUUGUAUGAUAUUUUCUUUCUGUGUUUCUCUGACUCAUUUUGUAUUAAAAGUGAAAUAGAUGCCUUUUUACAACA